ACAACGAGACAAAGAAAAGAAUCUUGGGCAUGUGCAUAAGACCGUUGAAUCAAAUCCUCUCCACUCGAGAAUAAAUAUUUCAUUCGAUCGAGCGAAUAGAGUAUUCAGGAGACGCACACAAUUCAAAGGCCGAUGAUAAAAGGAGUGAUUGAUGAUGCUUCGCCACUCAAUUGUAUUGGGUAGAGCAGCGCUAUCAUCGUCUCUGCCCUUGUCAAGGUGUGCUCCAUCACUGAAAGCCAAGCCCCUUUUCAUCACUCUCAGUAAGAGCCGCCUCAUUUCUGGAAAGGCGAUCGGAAGUUCACCUACAACUCCCACAAUGGAGGCGGAAAACAUGAGCGAUGUUCAGAGGCGCCUCAUGUUCGAUGACGAGUGUAUUUUGGUGGAUAAAGAGGAUCAUGUCAUUGGGCAUGACUCAAAAUACAAUUGUCACUUGAUGGAGAAAAUAGAGUCAGAGAACUUAUUGCAUAGAGCUUUCAGUGUCUUUUUGUUUAAUACAAAAUAUGAAUUGCUCCUUCAGCAACGUUCUGCUACAAAGGUGACAUUCCCUUUGGUAUGGACGAAUACUUGUUGUAGUCAUCCUCUUUACCGGGAGUCUGAGCUCAUUGAGGAGAACACUUUAGGGGUAAAAAAUGCUGCACAGAGAAAGCUCUAUGACGAACUAGGAAUUGCAGCAACAGAUGUGCAUGUUGACCAAUUUGUGCCUCUCGGUCGUAUACUCUACAAGGCCCCUUCUGAUGGCAAGUGGGGGGAGCAUGAAUUGGAUUACCUUGUUUUUUUUGUUGGGGAUGUUACCGUGCAUCCCAAUCCAGAAGAGGUUGCUGACAUUAAAUAUGUGAACAAAGAGCAGCUAAAGGAAAUUAUAAGGAAAGCAGAUGCCGGCGAAGAUGGAAUUAAGCUUUCCCCUUGGUUCCGUCUUGUUGUUGACAAUUUCUUGUUUGAUUGGUGGGACAAGGUGGAAAGCAACACUCUAUCAGAAGCAGUCAACAUGAAAAUACAUAACUUGACAUAGCUUCACUGUAAAAUGUGCAAAAUUUUAUACAUUUUUUAUGAUCCCCAGUUUGUUUUAGUGACCUGUUUGGAUUUAAGGACUAAGUUAUGAAUAAAUGUCCCAGGACAGAUGUUGUUUUACAAUCGGAGGCACUUUAAUAUGUCUUCUAAUUCAAACUUUUGUAUGUGAUCUUUUAUUUUCA